UGGGUUAGUCCAAGAAUGAACAAAUAUACGAAGCCUUAUGUUGAGCAGACCACAAAUCUUGAAAAAUUCAGCCCUGUGAUUCUUGCUGAAAUUGAGGAGCUCUUUGAGAAGAAGUUCUCAUAUACAAAACCACCGAAUAGUGAUUGGAAGCUGCCAGAUUCCAGUGAUGUGUUUACCUGCAAUCACAAAGAAUUCAAUACACUCCUUGCUCUGAAGGACUCCAUGAAUGAAGUCAAAAACCAACUAAGUGAUAAGAAAUUGGAUGCAUGGCAUCAGCACACUUCCUUCACCAACAAAGCUGGGAUAAUCAUUCCUCAUGUGAAGAAAUCUGUGAAUGCUGAGUUGUGUACCCAGGCUUGGUGCAAAUUCCAUGAGAUUUUAUGCAGUUUUCCCCUUCUCCCGAAAGAAGCUCUUCAGAAUGGAGAACUCAAUUCUGUCCAUCUCUGUGAAGCACCUGGUGCUUUUAUAGCCAGUCUCAAUCACUACAUAAAAUCCCAUCACAUUCCCUGCGAUUGGAACUGGGUAGCCAAUACCCUAAACCCAUAUCAUGAAGCAAAUGACACCCUUGUGAUGAUUAUGGAUGACCGACUUAUUGCAAAUACCUUGCCAUGGUGGUAUUUUGGCCCAGAUAAUACUGGGGAUGUGAUGACAUUGAAACAUCUAACUGGACUUCAGCACUUCAUAAGUAAUAUGACCACUGUUCACUUGGUAACUGCUGAUGGGAGUUUUGAUUGCCAAGGAAAUCCAGGUGAACAAGAAGCGCUUGUCUCACCUCUACAUUACUGUGAAGCAGUCACUGCUUUAAUGAUCCUUGGCAAUGGUGGCUCCUUUGUUUUGAAGAUGUUUACUUUAUUUGAACAUUGUUCUGCCAAUCUGCUUUUUCUGCUAAAUUGUUCCUUCGAGGAGGUCCAUGUCUUUAAACCUGCCACUAGCAAAGCCGGGAACUCUGAAGUCUAUGUAGUUUGUCUUCAUUACAUGGGCAGAGAGGCCAUCCAUCCUGUGCUGUCCAAGAUGAUGCAGAACUUUGGAACAGAAAUGGUUAACAAAGCACUCUUUCCCCAACAUGUGAUUCCAGAAUCUUUUCUUAAAAUGCAUGAAGAAUGCUGUGCAUUCUUCCACAAGUACCAAAUAGAGACUAUAUCUGAGAACAUCCGACUCUUUGAGUGCAUUGGGGAAGCAGAACAAGUAAAGCUGAACAACUUAAGGGACUGUGCAGUGGAAUUUUUCAUGCAAAGAUUCCACCUGAAACACAUUACAAGAAAUAACUGGCUAGUGAAGAAAUCUCAUGUAGGCUGCAGCAUGAAUGCAAAAUGGUUUGGACAGAGGAACAAAUAUUUUAGUACAUACAACGAAAGAAAGAUGCUGGAAUCCCUGACAUGGGAAGAUAAAGUGGCCAAAGGCUAUCUUAAUCAUUGGACUGAAGAGCACACUUUAAGUAAUGCUGGGAAAAGCUGCAUUUUGGAAGGGUCAUCCUGUAACCUUGAAUGUAAUUUAUGGUACGUCCUGGAGGGAAAGAGGCUGCCAAGAGUAAAAUGUUCUCCAUUCUGUGAUGGUGAUGUCUUGAAGAAUCUCAAUGAAGCCAUUAAAGAAUCAUUAGUAGGCAGACUAAAAACUAGUUCCUUUUCCAGACGAACACAGCAACCAUGUCAUUCUUGCAAUGUUCUUACUGAGGCACUGAUACUAUCUGAGUUGUCUAGCCUUACCAAGUACCAUCAGAAGGUACCAAAUGAAGGAUGCAGUGACCAAAUCAAGUGUCUUGUGGUGGGCUUUCCGUCUCUUUGUGACAUCAAAAGCCAGUCCAACAUGGAAGUUAGGCUCCUGGAGUCAGCCACACUCUUGACUUUCAGCUGUUCUUUGCUUCAUGAUGGAGAGCCAAAAUAUCAGCAGCAUCUUUUAGACUGCCUUCUGCGUGCCAUUAAUCAGCUUCAACUGGGAGAUGCUUUGAUUCUGCCUGUUCUUUCUUGUUUUACACGCUUCACAGCUGGCCUGAUUUUUGUACUGCACGGCUGUUUCAGCUACAUCACAUUUGCUUGCCCCAUAUCCUCUGAACCUCUAGGGACCAGUGCUGUUCUAUUGUGUAUUGGCUAUCGAGGUCUUCCAAAUCCAGUUGUUGAGUACCUGCAGCACCUGAAUAAACUAAUGAGCUCUCUGCUCAGCUCAGACUCUCCCCAGCAGGUUUUGCAGUUUGUCCCUAUGGAGAUGCUUUUGAAAGGCAUGCUGCUCGAGUUUUUAUGGGAUUUGAAUACUGCCAUUGCAAAGAGGCAGCUCCAUUUGAUGGUACAAGUUGAGCAGCAGCAAAUGUCGAGUAAUCUUUAA